AUGUCUUCAGACAAGCCAUUGUUGUCUCAAUCUGAACACUUUUCUGCACCAAAUCCUCAGCCCCACUAUCAUCGACGCCGCUCAUCUUUGAGACGCAGCUCACUGAGCUGUCUUUGCACUUCUGCAUCUGUCUCAUCUUCACCAGCUGAUCAGGCGCAUGCGUGCAAUUUUGACGACCUGAAGGAGUUGGAAGAAAAUUUCACUCCAGUGAAAGGUAAAGCGGUUUCAGGUAAUUUGGUGGGACAUCUCACUUCCAACCUCCCAAGAAAGGAAUUUCGUUCAGCUGAGCUCCACAAGCAAUGCCCCCAACGCGAGAGAAAGCGUCUUGUGUCAUGGGGUGGUGUAAUGGAUCUGCGGCAGCAGAACCUGCAAGCCUUUGAAAUUUCUGAGGCUUCAUCUUGUGCUGCUUUUAGAGUACAGGACUUGAGAAAACAUCAGACAUCUCGAAGGUCUGAGAGGUUCCUUCAGAUAAGCAUGCAGCUGGAAGAUAAUAUAGUACAUCAUCAUAACCCCAGGCUGAUCCAUAUUAAUGACCCGAGGAAGACCAAUGAUAAGUUUGAGUUCUCGGGAAAUGAGAUACGUACAAGCAAAUACACUUUGCUUAAUUUUUUGCCUAAAAAUCUUUUUAUUCAGUUUCACAGGGUAGCUUAUUUAUAUUUCCUAGCCAUUGCUGCUCUAAACCAGCUUCCGCCUCUAGCUGUCUUUGGGAGAACAGUUUCUCUUUUCCCUCUUCUUUUUGUGCUUACUGUGACAGCUGUAAAAGACGGUUAUGAGGAUUGGCGAAGACACAGGUCUGAUCGGAAUGAGAAUAACCGGGAGGCACUAGUGCUACAAUCUGAUGAGUUUCAUCCCAAACGGUGGAAGAUGAUUCAAGCUGGCGAGGUAGUGAAGAUCAGGUCGGACGAGACUAUUCCAUGUGAUAUGGUACUUCUGGGGACUAAUGAUCCUAGUGGAAUAGCUUACAUACAAACAAUGAAUCUGGAUGGAGAGUCAAACUUGAAAACAAGGUAUGCUCGACAAGAAACUAAUAGACUGCUACUUGAAGGGACAACAAUAUCUGGGCUUAUCAAGUGUGAGCAGCCAAACAGGAAUAUAUAUGAGUUCAUGGCCAAUAUGGAGCUGAAAGGGCAGAGAUUUCCUCUCAGCCAGUCAAAUAUCAUUUUGCGAGGCUGCCAGCUUAAGAACACGGAAUGGGCAAUUGGGGUAGUGGUUUAUGCUGGACAGGAUACAAAAGCUAUGUUGAACAGUGCAAUGUCCCCUGCCAAAAGAAGCAGACUGGAAACUUACAUGAACAGAGAAACUCUCUGGUUGUCAGUUUUCCUUUUGAUCAUGUGCCUUGUGGUAGCAAUAGGGAUGGGUUUAUGGUUAAAGCGCCAUGAGAAUCAGCUUGAUACACUGCCUUACUAUCGGAAAAUUUAUUUCCAGAAGGGGAAGGAGGGGAAGAAGUACAAGUAUUAUGGGAUCCCUAUGGAAACUUUUUUCUCAUUCUUGAGUUCCAUCAUAGUUUUCCAGAUUAUGAUCCCCAUAUCACUCUAUAUCACCAUGGAGCUGGUACGGUUGGGGCAAUCAUAUUUCAUGAUUGGAGACAAGAAUAUGUACGACAGUUCCAGCAAUUCCAGGUUCCAGUGCAGAUCACUGAAUAUUAAUGAGGACUUGGGACAAAUACGGUAUGUAUUCUCAGAUAAAACAGGCACGCUAACAGAAAACAAAAUGGAAUUCAGAAAAGCAAGCAUUUGGGGAAUGAAUUAUGAUAAUACUCACUCUAUGGCUGUAUCUUCACAGGACACAGACGACGAAGGAGAAAAUGCCAUGCCUGGUAAACUGAAAUCUGAAAUCAUCCCUGAUUCUGAACUCAUUAAAUUAUUGUACAAAGAUCUGCGCGGAGAAGAAAGGGUUGCUGCCCAUGAGUUCUUCCUGACCCUUGCUGCUUGUAAUACUGUGAUUCCUAUCCUGACGGAAAGUCCUGCAACUGACGAUUCAUCAUAUGGUAGUCAAAUAUCUAUUGACUAUCAGGGUGAAUCGCCGGAUGAACAAGCACUGGUUGCUGCAGCAUCUGCUUAUGGUUACACACUAUGUGAGCGCACAUCUGGGCAUAUAGUAAUUGAUACCAAUGGUGAGAAAUUAAGGUUGGAUGUUUUGGGUCUUCAUGAGUUUGAUAGUGUGCGUAAAAGAAUGUCAGUUGUUAUCAGAUUUCCUACUGGUGGUGUGAAGGUAUUGGUGAAGGGGGCUGAUACGUCAAUGUUCAGCAUUUUAGAUCAAGGUCAUACCAGUGAUGAUCGUGUAAAACAGUCAACACAGAGUCAUCUGAAUGCUUAUUCAUCUGAAGGUUUGCGCACUCUCGUUAUAGCUGCCAGGGACCUUACAGGCGAAGAGCUUGUGGAGUGGCAAAGUAUGUAUGAGGACGCAUGCACAUCCUUGACCGAUAGAUCUGUAAAGAUGCGCCAAACAGCAGCACUUAUUGAAUGUGACUUGACCCUUCUUGGGGCCACAGCUAUCGAGGACAAGUUACAAGAAGGUGUACCAGAAGCCAUCGAGUCCCUGCGCCAAGCUGGAAUAAAGGUGUGGGUUCUCACUGGAGAUAAGCAAGAGACAGCAAUAUCAAUUGGUCUUUCUUGCAAACUUUUGACGUCGGAUAUGCAUCAGAUCAUUAUCAACGGAAAUUCAGAAAGUGAAUGCAGAAAACUGUUAUGUGAUGCCAAGGCCAAAUUCUGCGUGAGUUCGUCUAUUUGCUGUGACCAAACGAUGAAAUGUAAGAGCAAAACCGAGCUUGACUUUGUUGACAUUCCUUCUCAGUCAAAGUCAUCCGAUAUGCCUCAGGAGUCUAUGAAUGAGGACGAUGGAUCUGGUUUUGGGCCGCUGGCACUUAUAAUUGACGGGAAUAGUCUGGUUUACAUAUUGGAGAAAGAUUUGGAAUCUGAGCUGUUCGACCUUGCAACAUCCUGUAGGGUUGUGCUCUGUUGUAGGGUUGCACCCUUGCAAAAGGCUGGAAUUGUUGACCUGAUCAAGUGCCGCACAGAUGAUAUGACACUGGCCAUAGGCGAUGGGGCCAAUGAUGUUUCAAUGAUCCAAAUGGCGGAUGUUGGUGUUGGAAUAUGUGGUCAAGAAGGGCGCCAAGCAGUGAUGGCAUCAGAUUUUGCUAUGGGACAGUUCAGAUUUUUGAAAAGAUUGCUUUUGGUCCAUGGGCACUGGAAUUAUCAUCGAAUUGGUUAUCUUGUGCUCUAUAACUUUUACCGCAAUGCUGUUUUCGUGCUGAUGCUUUUUUGGUACAUAUUGUGUACAGCUUUUUCUACUACUUCAGCACUGACAGACUGGAGCAGUGUUUUUUAUUCUGUUAUAUAUACUUCCGUACCUACUAUUGUCGUUGGUAUCCUAGACAAAGAUUUGAGCCAUAAGACAUUACUUGAAUACCCGAAGCUUUAUGAGGCUGGCCAUCGGCAAGAGAGUUACAAUAUGUCUCUUUUCUGGAUUACAAUGGUCGAUACGUUAUGGCAGAGUCUUGUUCUAUUCUAUGUGCCCUUGUUCACCUACAGGGAGAGCACCAUUGACAUCUGGAGUAUGGGCAGCUUGUGGACAAUAGCAGUUGUUAUCAUAGUCAAUAUGCACUUGGCCAUGGAUAUUCAACGCUGGGUAUAUGUUACUCAUAUUGCAGUAUGGGGUUCGAUAUUUGUCACUUUCGGUUGCAUGGUGGUGCUUGAUUCAAUUCCGGUUUUCCCAAAUUAUGGGACGAUAUAUAAUCUCGUGAAGUCACCUGCUUAUUGGCUCUCGAUAUUGCUGAUAACAGUUUUAGGAUUGCUCCCUCGAUUUAUUUUCAAAGUGUUUCAUCAGAUUUUCUGGCCUUCCGACAUCCAGAUAGCUAGAGAAGCUGAAAUUUUGAGAAAAAAGCAUAGAUAUUUUUGGUCAAAGGCUGAUCAGGAUUCAAGCUAA